CCCCAAUGCAGAAGGAAUAACUGUUUUCUUUCUUCUAUAUUCUGAAUUGUUUGGUUGGAAUAUACCAAUUUUUCAAUUUCUCUUUAAUAACUUGAACGCACAACACAUAUUAUUUAAUUCUUUUUUUUUCUGUUAGUUUUGUUAUACAUCAAUAGAUCAUGUCAGGCAUUGCAGAGAUUAUGCGAAAGCGAUUGAUGGAUUCCAUCCGAUCGAUUCAACCACCGGGGAAAUGGAAGAUUAUUGUUGUCGAUUCCAAAAGUGCACAAAUUUUGAAUGCAGCGUGCAAGAUGUAUGAUAUUCUUGAAGAAAACGUCACACGUAAAUAAGAAAAUUGCAUGCAAAAUAACCGCCCCUCUCCCCUUCUCUUGUCCCUCUCUCCUUUUCCCUUUACUCACGAUUAUUUUUUUGUUGUUGUAGUGGUAGAAAACAUCGAAAAGAGACGUCAACCUUAUCCUACUUUGGAAGCCAUUUAUUUUUUGACACCUUGUCGUGAAUCUAUCUUGCGAUUGGUGGAUGAUUUUUCAAGGACACCUACUUACAAAGCAGCUCAUGUUCAUUUUACAAGUGGUUUAAAUGAUCAAUUGUUUGAAGAGCUUAACAAGAGAUUGAAGUCAACAGGUGCAGCAGAAUAUAUUCAAAGUUUGAAGGAACUUUACGUUGAUUUCAUGGUUUCCGAAUCUUCUGUAUUCACUGUCGAUCCUGUCACUAGCUUUUUAUCAGUCUUUGGAAGGGAUCCUCGAGCCGACCCUGACGAAUCAUUACGAGUCACCGCAAAACAAUUACUUUCGGUAUGUGCUACAUUAGGCGAAGAUCCCAUUAUUCGAUAUCAGGCACAUUCAGAAGGCGAUAUUCAUCCCCAAGGUUCACCAGCUGGAAAAUUAGCACAUAUUGUUCAACAAGAAGUGGAUGGAUUCUGUCGAUUAAAUCCCAACUUUCCCCCUCCACGUCAACCUCCUCAACCAAGAGCAACGUUAUUAAUUGUGGAUCGUUCGAUUGACCCUGCAGCACCCUUAUUGCAUGAAUUCACCUAUCAAGCCAUGAUCAACGAUUUACUUCCUGUGGAAGAAACCGAGAAUCAUACGGGGGUCAAAUACAGCUACGAGUACACUCAAGCCGAUGGAUCGAUGGAUUCCAAAGACGUCGUGUUGGAUGAAGAGGAUAACGUGUAUAAAUCCAUUCGACACAUGCAUAUCGCCGAAUGCACAAACCAUCUCGUUGAGAAAUUCAAUGAGUUUUUAUCCCAAAAUAAGGCAGCUACCAAUGAUCGAUCCACAGAACCACCCAAAGAUUCUACAAAGAGUUUAAAGGACAUGAAAGAAAUGUUGACGAAUCUUCCUCAAUUUCAAGAUUUAAAGGCAAAGUAUUCUGCUCAUCUCAGUAUUGCGCAGGAAUGUAUGUCAUUUUUUGAAAGACACAAGUUGAACUCGGUUGGAAAUUUAGAGCAGAAUAUGGUGACGGGUGAAACUGCAGAUGGUGAAACACCAAAAACCAUUGUAUUGGAUAUGGUGCCAUUAUUAGAUGAUCCCCAUAUGAGUCCUGCAGACAAGGCACGUUUACUCAUGUUGUAUAUUAUAUGGAAAGAAGGAGGUAUCUUUGAAGACGACAAGCGAAAAUUAAUAGAACAUGCCAAAUUAAAGGGAGAAUACAGAGACGCCGUCAAUAAUUUACCUUUAAUUGGUGUCAAGCUUACACGUAUUCGUCAACCCGAGAAAACCAACUUUUUACAAAAAAAGAGAAGACAAAAAAAAUCCAAGGAUGAGGAAUCACCUUUUGAAUUAUCGCGUUAUGUGCCUACAUUAAAAAAGGUCAUGGAUGCUCAUCUAUCCAACACCUUGGAUCCCAAACAGUUUACAUUUACUAGGCAGUCGGAUAUGGAGCCUUCAGAAGAUCAUGGCGCUCCACCAGGUCAAGGUGGUAUGCCAUCCAGUGGUGUUUCAUUACGUACCACGAAACCGACCUGGUCCAAACGUACCAACAGCACUUCAGGAUCACCUCGUAUACCUACACACGGUGCGAAAUUAAUUGUCUUUGUGGUUGGCGGUGUUACUUACUCUGAAAUAAGAUCUGCGUAUGAGAUUGGCGAAACCUAUAACCGUGAUGUUUUUAUAGGAAGUACCGAAUUAUUGCGUCCUAAAACCUUUAUUGAACAUUUGGGUCAUCUUCAAUUACCUGUGCCUUCACCACACUCCAUCAUUGCACCGUAUGUAGCUCCUGCACCGCCACAAAUCCAACGUAAUGACUCGUCUACAAGUAAGACAGCUUCGCUCAUGUCACAUAUGCAUAUCAGUUCGCCAUCUUCCUUGAGCAAUAAGAGUUCGAGUAUGUCGUUAGAUAAAAUGAGUAACGGUUCCGUUACACCUGAAGAGCAUGUUGAAAAGAAGAAGAAGAAGAAGGGAUUAGCAGCUAGAUUAUUUGGAUAAUAAAUUUUAUAUACAUUUUUUAUUAUUU